GCUGAUCGUGACUUGGUGUAUUUUUUUUAUUGCCACUGUGGGAAGUCGAUCAUAUGGCUCAUCUAAUUAAAUGAUGUCGGAGCGGCGUCAUGAUCGGGACCCUAGUGCUGAGUCUCCUCUGUGCCAGCCACGCGGCGGCUGCCGUGGAGCGACUGGCGCCGUGGUUCGUGGUGGAGGCGCCCCCUGUGGUGCAGUACGGGGUCGGCGAGGGGGUGCGGGUGACGUGCGUGGCGCGCGGGGACCCGCCCCCCGCCGUGGCCUGGUUGGCGGAGGACGGCUCCGCGCUCGAGGACGUGCCCGGACUCAGACGCGUGUACGGCAACGGCACGCUGGAGCUGGCGGGCGGCGCCGCGCCACGCCCCGCCACGCUGCGCCCCGCCACGCUGCGGUGCCGCGCCGCCAACGCGCACGGCGUUGCGCUCUCCAGGGAGACGACGCUGCGCCCAGUGGGUGCGUUGGGUGCGGUGGGUGCGGCCAGCUGGGAGGCCGUGCUGUGGGUGCGCGGCGCGGCGGCGGGCGGCGUGGCGGCGUUGACGUGCGGCGCCUCGCGCGACCCGCAGCUGGUGGAGCCCGCCGCGUGGUACCGCGGGGAGGAAAUCCUGCACGUGGACCCUCCCACUCCAGAGUCCCGGUACGUGGUCGCCGGGAGCAGCCUGCUAAUCCGCGCGGUGUCGCCGGCGGACGCGGGCCCCUACAGCUGUCUGGCGCGGCACUCGCUCAGCUCCGUCACCAGGCGCUCGCAGCCGGCCAUGCUCACCGUCACAGCGAGCGCGGUCGGCGCGGCCCCGGGGCUCGUGUCCGCGAGCGAGCUGACCGCGCGCGCCGGCUCCGCGCUGUGCCUGCCCUGCGCCGCCGCCGACCACCCGCCGCCCACCUACUCGUGGUAUCGCGAGGUGGCGGGUCGGCUGCAGCCGGUGGAGUCGUCUCCGGAGGCGUGGUGGUGGGCGGGCGGCGCGGCGCUGUGCCUGCCCCGCGCGCGCCCCCAGCACGCCGGCGCCUGGCUGUGCAAGGCGUACAACGUGUUCGGAGACGCCACCGCGCAGCUCAGGAUACACGUCACCGACACACUCACAGUCACCGUCGGCCCCUCGGUGCUGGUGGCGGAGACCGGCAGCACGGUGCGGCUGAACUGCUCGGCGUCGGACCCGGCGGCGCGGCUGGCGUGGCUGCACGACGGGGCGGCUGCGGGCGCCGGCGCCGCGCUGCUGCUGCGCUCCGUCAGCCGCUCGCACCGCGGCCUCUACCAGUGCUUCGCGCGACGACCUCACGACAGCGCACACGCUGAUCUAGAACUCAGGCUUGGAGACUCAGCGCCGGAGUUGCACUACACCUUCAUAGAGCAGGCGCUCCGGCCGGGGGGCAGCGUGUCCCUGCGCUGCGCUGCCUCGGGCUCCCCGGCGCCCAGGAUCUCGUGGCUGCUCGACGGACAGCCCCUGGAUCAGUUCGGAAACCAACACCGGUACUUCAUAAGCGAGGAGUCGUCGGCGGGCGGCGACGUGGCGUCUGCGCUGAACGUGAGCGCGGCGACGGCGGCGGCGGGCGGCCGCUACUCGUGUCGCGCGCACAACCGCCUCGGACGCGCCGAGCACUCCGCCAGGCUCAACAUCUACGGUCCUCCUUCGAUCCGCGCGCUGGGUCCGGUGCGGGUGGUGGCGGGCGACAACGUGACGCUGUACUGUCCCUAUGCCGGAUAUCCGAUCAGUUCAGUAACAUGGUGGGUGCGGGGGUCCGGCACGGCGGUGGGAGGCACGGGGCGGGUGUCGGCUCGGGGGGCAGCCUUGCGACUGUCGCCGGCGUUGCCUAGCGAUGCCGGACACUACGCCUGCGCAGUCGCCGCGCCGUCCGGUCCCGCGGCCCGCAGAGAUAUAGAGAUACAAGUUCGAAAUCCACCAAAGAUUUCGCCGUUCAUGUUUUCAUCGGAGCUGACGGAAGGCAGCUCUGUGCAAGUGCUGUGCGGAGUCUCCUCCGGGGACAAGCCCAUGUAUUUCUCUUGGUUCAAGGACGGGGCUCCUCUGCCGUCUAACUUGCAGAUAGAAGAAAAGAGUCUGAACGAGUUCUCCCUGCUGAUGUUCUCCGAGCUGACGUCUCGUCACAGCGGCGCCUACACGUGCCGCGUCUCCAACCACGCAGCCUCCGUCAACUACACUGCCACGCUCAGCGUCAAAGUGACGCCGAGCUGGGUGAAGGAGCCACAAGAGGCCGCAGUACUGCUCGGAGCCCCACUUCUUAUAGAGUGUGCUGCAAAAGGAUACCCCACACCUGACAUAGUUUGGUUCAGAAAAAUAGGUGAUGGAAUCUCAUUAGGAGAAAGCACUGAGCAGUGGGAACAAGUGAGAACCGUUGAAUGGAGCUCUAGUCCAGAGCUCGGCUUGCAAGCCAAUAACGGGACCUUAUCUGCCGGGACUGCUGCUAGAGCUCAUCAGGGCCUCUACCGGUGUCAAGCUGAUAAUGGAGUGGGUCCUCCCCUGGUGAAACACCUCAAUAUUACAGUUCACGAAGCAGCUCAGUUGGAGGGUCCGGGCGGCAACGUGUCGUGCGUGCGCGGGCAGAGCGCCACACUCACCUGCGAUGCGUCAGGAGACGCUCCUCUGAGUGUCCACUGGUCACACCGAGGAGCCAAACUCGAUCUCAACUCUUUUAGGUGGUCCGUGAGUGAAGCGCGGACGGCAGGCGGUCUGAAAUCAUCGCUUCAGUUGAGAGCUGCAGAGAAACUGGACGCUGGAGAGUACCGGUGCCACGCUCGCAAUCAGUUCGGGAGCAGUGAACUAUUGAUGUACCUGCAUGUUGAAGAGCCCCCGGCGGCGCCGCGGUCGGUCCGCCUCUGCGCGCUGGGCUCGCGCUGGGCCCGCGUGUGCUGGCGCGCGGCCCCCGCGCUGCACCACGCCGCGCUCACCGCCCCCCGCGCAGACACCGCCCCCGAGCCGCACCAGCCGCAGACACUACUUAAUCUCACCGUCGAAACUACCGAUGACAGAGCUGACGCCACCGGCUCCCGAGCGUACGCAGCACGGCUGGCCGACCUGAGGCCCGCGGUGCCUUAUACAGUACAUCUCGUCGCGUCCAACCACGUUGGCCAGUCACCACAGUCUGAUCCUUUACUCUUCACUACUCUCGAUGAAGCUCCAUCAGCAGCUCCGCUAAUGGUCCGCGUGCGGCCGGCCGGUCCGGGCGAACUACACGUUUCUUGGUCGGCGCCGUCUCCAGUGAGCUGGAACGGGCAGCUGAUCGGUCAUGUGGUGUCGUGGCGGGAAGUGGGAGGCAGCUCGGAGGGUCGCAUGGCGGCUCGCGGGUGGAGCGCCGCCGCACUCACGGUCGUGGCUCUGCGGAGCGGGGCGCGGUACGCGGUUACUGUCCGCUCGUACAACCGUGCGGGCGCGGGGCCGCACUCGCCCGUCGUGCACGGCGCCACGCCGGCUGGCGCACCCGAAGAGUCUCCACAAUCCGUAUCAUGUAUCGGAGUGUCACCUCGUGCACUGCGAGUCCGCUGGGCCCCAGUCCCCCACGCGGCGCCGUUGUUGGGUUACGAUCUACAUCUCGCGACGAUACAACAAAAACACAGCUGGAGUGUGGCGGAGUGGCAGGUGGUGCGAGCGGGGGGCGGGGGCGAGGCGCGGGUGGUGGGGCUGCGCGCGGCCACCAACUACUCGGUGUGGGUGCGCGCCCGCUCGGACCUCGGGCUGGGGCCGCCAGCUCCUCCCGUCUACUGCUCCACGCUCGAUGACGUGGCGGGCGCGGUGGGCGCGGUGCGGGCGGUGGCCGCGGGGGGCGACACUGUGCGCGCGUCCUGGCUGCCCCCCGCCGGGCCCGUCACACAUUAUACGCUUUACACCAGGGAGCUCGGCAAGGUAGGCGGAGAGUGGUCGCAACGUGUGGAGGCUGAAGAGGGAGAAGAGGAAAUGUGGCGGGACGUGCGGGGGCUGAGGGCACGCGCCGUGUACGAGCUGUGGGUCCGCGCGGCCACCCCCGCCGGCGUAGGCCCCCCGUCCGUCACUGUCACCGCCGCGCCAAUUGCAACAGCUCCGGCGCGUAUUUCUUCACUAAGUCGAGCGGUGUCGGUGGUGGAGGGCGCUGAUGCGAGGCUGCGAUGUGCAGCAGUAGGGGAGCCCCCGCUCCGCCGAAGGUGGUCGCCACUACCUCCAAGACAUGUGGUCUCAGACGCCGGGGAUCUCAUCAUACAUGGUGUCGACGCGUCGCUGAGCGGUAACUACACGUGUCGCGUCCGGAACGCGGCCGGGUCGGACGCGGUAUCGUACGUAGUGCGCGUGCGCCGACCGCCCUCUGCCCCGCUCCUGCGACUGGCUCGCGCGGACCUGUACGCGCUGCACCUCACUUGGGAACAUCCUGUGCCGGACCCUGAUCUGCCACUUAUUAGCUACAGCAUAUGGUGGUCGUUGAGCGAGGAGCCAGCGGAGACAGCGGAGACAACACAGUGGGCGUCCGUUCCGGCGAGCGACUCGUCGUACACGGCGCGCGGGCUGCGGUGCGGCGCCGCGUACAGCGUGCGGCUGCGGGCGCAUAGCGCGGCGGGCGCCUCGCCCCCCUCGCGCCCACUGCUCGCCAGGACCGCGGGGGACAGUUCGUAUGCCGUCAAUGCAGAUAACAAAUCACUCAAAUAA